AUGGAUAUGGACACGCCAGCAGUGUCAAGACUAGCGGUUCGCUUACCAACCUUUUGGCCACACAACCCUAUGCUGUGGUUCACACAGCUGGAAGCGAGUUUCAUGCACGCGGGAAUAACUGCAGAAACAACUAAGUUUCCCCUCGAUAUCAUAACAGCUCCUCCAACAGAGGAUGCAUAUGAAUGGUUAAAGACUGAACUGAUAUGUUGCUUAGCCAUUUCUCAAGAAGACAGAAUCCGGCAAGUAUUGACGCAAGAAGAAAUUGGUGACAGGAAACCUUUACUGUUCCUGCACCAUCUCCGCAGCACGGAGGACCCUGGCACGAUUCCAGAUAGCAUUCUGCAUACCCUGUGGAGUUCCCACCUGCCACCACAGGUAAAAGCAGUCAUCGGCACGCAGAACGAGACGUCACUGGACACAGUAGCAGAACUCGCCGACUGCAUACUGGAAGCGAUCACACCGAACACACAUGUCAGUGUUGUAGACAUAACUGUCAGCGCAGCAGCUGCAUCUACUAUGGUGUCUUGGGCAGAUUACGAUGCACUAACGGCCAAGGUCAAUCUCCUAUGCACACAGCUCUCGAAACUAAUGUCGAAUGGCAUCAAUGUCAAUCAGAGAAGCCAUAGCCGAUGA